GUUUUGGUCUUAUGAAACAGACUCGUGACGUCUGUUAGGUAAAGUGUAACCGGAAAGUAUAAAAUAUAGGCCCAUUCCGACUCUGAUUCAGAAUUGAACAUUGGCGCCAAAGUAAUAUUAGAGGUCACACUGCCUCGAUAAAUAAAAUUUGCGUUAAAAAAAUGCCUAUCAGUGAUGAGAUGGAGACUGGAUAUUCAAAUAUCGAGGACGUGAGUGGAUUCGACUUGAAUGGAAAUGACAGGAAGAGAAAGAGUUCACCAGUGACGUCAUGUAUUUUCUCUCUGAAAGAUGGAAUCGGGGAUCUGGUAAAAGCACUGCAGGUUCUUCAGAACAGCAAAUUAAACAUCAAACAUAUCGAGACAAGGCCCUCAAAAAAAUCCACCUCGCAACUGGAGUAUUACGUGGAGUUCGAGACUCAAAAUGGCGGCCUGAAUGAUGUCAAGACGCUGCUGAAGGAACAGGUCGCCGAUCUAACCAUUCCGGAGAAUAUUACGCCACCGGCCAAAACCCCGAAAGUACCGGCAGAGCAUUGGCCUUCAACCAAAGAUGAAUGUCCCUGGUUCCCUAAGAGUGUAUCGGAACUGGAUCAGACUUCAAAUCGUGUUCUUAUGUACGGUGCCGAUCUUGAUGCUGAGCACCCGGGUUUCAAAGACGAAGUAUACAGGAAACGACGGAUAUUAUUCGCCGAAAUUGCAUUUAACUUUAAACACGGUCAUCCAAUCCCAAGGGUGGAAUACACAGAGGAAGAAAACCGAACAUGGAGCACCAUCUACCGGGAGCUAAGGGAACUUUACAAGACUCAUGCUUGCCGACAACAAAGAGAAAAUCUGCCGUUGCUGGAGCAAAACUGUGGAUACGGUGACAAGGCCAUCCCACAACUCGACGACGUCUCCCGCUUCUUGCAAAAACGAACGGGGUUUCAACUUCGCCCUGUGGCUGGCUAUCUCUCGUCACGUGACUUUCUAGCCGGGUUGGCAUUUCGAGUUUUCCACUGUACACAAUAUAUCAGGCACAGUAGUGAUCCGUUCUAUACUCCCGAACCGGAUUGUUGCCACGAACUCCUUGGCCACAUGCCCCUGUUGGCGGACAAGACGUUUGCCCAGUUCGCCCAGGAGAUUGGUCUUGCUUCAUUAGGUGCUUCCGAUGAGGAAGUGGCGAGACUGGCCACGUGUUUUUUCUUCACCAUUGAGUUCGGUUUAUGUAAGGAGAACAGUGAGAUGCGGGUGUACGGUGCAGGGCUCCUUUCCUCUGUUGGCGAAUUACGGCACGUUCUCUCCGACAAGGCAGUGGUGAAGCAAUUUGAACCAGAAGUGACAUCCAAGCAAGAAUGCAAAAUCACAACAUACCAAGACUGUUACUUUUCCACGGGAAGCUUCGAGGAAGCCACGUUCAAAAUGAGGGAGUACGCGAAGUCAAUCAAGCGGCCUUUCGAGCUGAAAUACGAUCCUUACACCAACAGUGUCGAAGUCUUGGACACUGCUGCCAGCCUCAAAAGGGCAGUGGAGGAGGUACAGGAAACCCUGUUAGUGAUAUCGAGUGCUUUGAGCAAGAUUACACACUAAAAAUACAAAAAGUAUUCAACGCGAGCUAUACGAGCAACAGAGUUGACCCUCCCGGUCUUCCUCUUCUUGCUGGGCGCCGGUGUAAAAGAAAUGCAAGUCCCCCCCCCCCAAAAAAAAUAAGUCCGGUCCUUUUGUUAAAGUGAAUAGAGUCGCCUAGUUCCUUUGUUGAAUAUUAUGUAGCUAACCCUAAACAAACCAUUAACUACAUUCGUUGACAAUACACAGCUAUUGUAUGGGGUCAUGCUUUCCUAGGACGUCCAUUCCUUUUACACCGGUUAAGUGAUUCUACCAAGUGUUGUUUAUCCCGGAGAUAUAUUGAACUCUUAGGUCUCAAAAGAAACCUGCCUUAUAAUGAUGAUAAUUAUUGUACUAAGUUUUUAUCCUAAUGAAUCUACCAUGUAUAAUGAUAAUCAUGGUAAUGUGUUCUACCAAGUGCAUGGUACGGCAUGUUACAUAAUUAUAUUCAUUUUAGAUACCAUUAUUUAUAUUACAAAGUAAGUAUAUUGUACGCGCAUAUACGUGAAUAUUAACUGUUAUAUUUCAUGUUUAAUCCAUUUGUCAUAUCGAGAAACGAUUUAUUCGUGUUACUGCUUACUGUAAAGUAUCAUAUCGAAUAAAGUCUAUAUAUUGUUGAA